AUGAGAGGUUAUAUAAGUUGCCAAUUACUCUUUCAUUGUUUUGAUCCAAUUAGUAAACUUAAAUUAUAAUUUAUUUUAUAAAUUAACGGUUUUAGGUUUGUUUCGAGACCUUAUGCGUUUUAAUUUGCGCUAUGCCCUCUGUUGAUGUUUCAUUAUGUGUUGUUAGAAUUGAAACUAGCCUGACUAAUGAUUUGCAAAAAAAUGAAGGUUCUUCUGACUUAAACGCUCGUAAGACAAUACCUUUGCUAAGAGGCCGAAGGAAAGCCAGAAAUAUUGACAUACAAACAUUGUGCAUUUUAAACAGUUCAAUGGCUGAAGGAGUUGAGAAUAUUGCAAAACCAGUAUGUUCAAAUGCUACUGUCGAAAGGGUUCCUAUAAAAACAAUAAUCGAAGGGAAAGCUGCCAAGGAAGUAUUACAGUUUGUUUCAGGAAAUCCUUAUGUGGAAAAGACACAUGGUAUUAUACAUUUGUUCAAAGAAAAUGAACUAACUAAUAUUGAUAGGGCAUCUUUCAGAAGCCAAACUUUGUGCAUUCUCGCUAUCCCUGUGACUAUGAACUGUAGUGAACUUUUAAGAUUUCUAGAACCUUGCAAAGAAGAGAUAAAACAUAUUAGAAUUAUUCGAGAUAGUUCACCCAACCAAUAUAUGUCACUGAUAACUUUUCGAUCACCUGAAUCAGUGCAAAUGUUCUAUCAAAAUUUUAAUGGUAUUCCUUUUACUAGUAUGGAUCCUGAUUGGUGUUGUCACCUUGUAUUCGUUUCAAAAGUAGAAACAAUAUCUGAAAUAGAAGGAGGAAGUAUUGCUCCUGUUUCACAUACAGAGCUGCCAACAUGUCCGGUUUGUCUGGAGAGGAUGGAUGAAUCAGUAGAUGGUAUUUUAACUAUUUUGUGUAAUCAUGCUUUUCAUGGAAACUGUCUUGCGAAGUGGGGUGAUACAAGCUGCCCGGUUUGUAGAUAUGUACAAACUCCCGAACCGAAUAGUGAUAGUCAUUGCCUUGAAUGUAUGGCUACUGAGUCGUUGUGGAUAUGCCUAAUUUGUGGACAUGUUGGUUGUGGUAGAUACCUGCAAGGACAUGCUUACCAGCAUUAUAUAGAUACUCAACACUGCUAUUCUAUGCAGGUAGGUAGUAACAGUGUCUGGGACUAUGUAGGUGACAAUUUUGUUCAUCGCCUCCUACAGAAUAAGGCAGAUGGAAAGCUUGUUGAGGGACCUAGUCAAAACAAAUCAUCUGAACUUGAAGCAAAGUUAGAAAAUGUUCAAUUAGAAUAUACUUAUUUAUUAAGCUCUCAAUUGGAAUCUCAGAGAAUGUAUUAUGAAAAGGUUGUGAGUGAUCUUGAAAAGAGAACAUAUGAUGAAAUAUCUGCUUUAAAAGAUAAAGUUCAAAAUUCACUUGAGCAAACUAAGUCACUUACCGAUAAUGUCAAUAUUUUAUCUAAAGAAAAAGCUAAUCUAGAAAAGAAAUUGCAAACUAUGUCAUCGAAAUUAACAUCUGCUUAUAAACAACUUCAAGAAGAAAAGGAACUGAAUAAUGCCAUGCGAACAAACCAAACUCUUUGGCAAGAUAAGUAUAAUGUUUUAGAAAAGGAAUUUGAGAAAUAUAAAUCGAAGAAAGAAGAUGAGGUGACAGAUUUGAAAGAUCAACUUAGGGAUGUUAUGUUCUUCCUUGAAGCGGAAAAGGUAGUGAAUAGUAGUCCUCACAAGAAUGAAUUAAAAGAAGGCAAAAUGGAAGUUGGAAAACCGGCUAGCAAUUCAAAAAGUCAUCGUCAUGGCAGAAAACAUUAGCUUUAAUUCAUCUUGUUCCUAUUCAUUGUGAUUUUUUAAAUAAGGCACGUUGCUUAAGUUAAGCGUUUUAUUUUAUUUUUAUUGAUUUUAUAGCCUUAUUCAAUAUUUUACGUGAUAGAAAAAUGUUUUUAAUUGUAAGUUUGCAGAAGAUAGUAUAUAUAUUUAAAAAUAGGCUUAUUUUUUAAAGGUAAUUUUAUUUUUGUACUUAAUUCUUUUUAUAUAAGAUGAUAGGUGAUAGUGAUAUUCCAUUUUUACUAUAAUAUUUCUGGUCAUUGAACUCUGCUCGAAGCUUUGUAAGCGUUUAUAUUUUUAAUAUAUCUUCAACUGUGUCUUUGUUAGAAAUAAAAGUGUUAUUUUUAAAUUAUUCAUAGAUAAGAAUUUUCUAUUAAAUUAAGCUAAAAGUAUUAAGACUUAAAAAUUAAAUUACUUUUAAAAUUGUAUAUCUGAAGAAAAAAGUAUUUAUGAUUCUUAAAUAAUUAAAAUUUUUAUGAAAUGUU